CUCUUUGGAAGGCCAUCUGAAUGAACAUUCUAUGGUACCUUUUUCUUUUGCUUUCUUUAUCCAUAUCUUUGUCGUUAUUUUUGUUGAUGAGCCAUAGAUGACUUGGAAGCAGAAUGUUGUGAUUCACCACCCAACUCUGUUCCUUUAUAUACUACCAAAAUGCAAGUUUUUCUCCACCAGUGAAAGUCAUUCAUCUUCUCCUCUGGCCUUGGAGAACAUUUGGGUCUUGUAGUCUAAGACAAGAGAAACAGGCUUUUCAAAUAGGAAGCUUGAGCAGAUUGAAUCUGUAUUCAUCCAAUAUGAAGAACCAAUUUCCAGAUCAUGUCGUCGGAAUUCCGGUGUCUUAUUCAGUUGAGAAAUCAGCAGAGAAACAUACUACUGUAUCAGAAACUGCUAGCCCAUAUUUUAUUUCCACUCCUUCAAAGGAGUCUCCCAGAUCCAAACAAUAUAGAGUUGACACACUGAUAGAAUGGAUCAACAAGCUGGGAAAAAAGGCUGAUAGUUUCACACAUGGAGUUCGUGAGCAUGUUAGAUUGGCGCCCAAGGUAUCUGCAACUGUGAAGGGAAAAUUGAGGUUGGGAACCAGAAUUCUUCAAGAAGGUGGUGUUGAGAAGUUAUUCAAGCAGAUCUUCAAUGUUAAAGAAGGAGAGAAGCUAUUGAAUGCUUCCCAAUGUUAUUUGUCAACAACAUCUGGUCCUAUUGCAGGGCUCCUCUUUAUCUCCACUGAAAAUGUUGCCUUCUGCAGUGAGAGAUCUCUUAGAUUCACUCUGCCAACACAACAGUUGAUUAGAACACCUUACAAGGUCAUGAUUCCAUUACAGAAGAUAAAGGGAGCCAACCAAAGUGAAAAUGUGCAAGAUCCAAAACAGAAGUACAUUCAAGUAGUUACUGUGGAUAAAUUUGAGUUCUGGUUUAUGGGUUUUCUAAAUUAUCAGAAAGCUUUCAAGUAUAUUCAACUGGCCAUCUCUCAAUCUUAAGUGAGUCAGUUCUGUGUCAUUAUAACAAGAGAAAUUGAACUUUCCUGCCAGGAAUUCAGCCAAGGUUAAAGUAUCAUGUACAUAUUUCUUGAAUCUGGUAAGGGGUGACUACCUUCAUGGGUGUUGAGAAGUGAUCCUAAAGGGUCACCCAGAUGAUGGUGAAGAUUUGAGAGGGUAAAGAAAGGAGGAGGAAUUGAUCAACUCCCCAUCCUCAAGAGAAUUCAAGCUAUAUAAGGCCCCCAUGAGAGAUUGAAGCACAGAAGAAAAACUUAUUUAAACCUCAUGAUCUGAUGUUUUAGAGGAGAAGGCCAUUUGAAAGCUCUUCUUGAUGCAUCUUGCAAUUGCUUACACUGGCUCUGGUAUAUCUUGAAGGUUCACAAUGAAGCUAGUCUCAAGGUCCGGAAUCUAAACCCACAUCAUAGCAUCUGUAAAGCGUGAAGAUUUCAGAGAGUUCUCAAUCCCCAACCAGAGAAACAUCAUGUGGUUCUCAAUCGGUGCAAAAGAGAAUGGAGGUCCAAUUCCGAUUAAUUUGUACAUUCUCCAUACAAAUGAUGGUUAUUGGCUGCAAAGGUUAGAGAUCAGCUAUGUUCCUGGGAGAUUUGGGUUGAUACAGAGUCUUGCUGAGAUGGAAUUGUCAUACAGAUUUAAAUAGCCAUGAUUGAAGAAGCAUCAAGAAUCCAUAUUACUGAAGUUGUCAAAUACCUGUAAAUGGUUCCUGGAACCACCUCUCAUUUUGCUUCUCUUCUUGUAAAUGCCAACUUUAUUCACAUAAAUUCAUGUAUAGAAUUUUCAUGUUUAUGUCAAUGAAUGUUAUUUCUAUAGAAAGCA